AAAGAAAAUCCAAUUCGUUUUCUACAAGCGCUAGUGGGUACUCCAGCUAUCGUUGUUUUUGCCAUUCCUAUCCGAGUACCUAGUUGUCAUCGCUAGCCUGUUGUGGAAAAUAUUUUAAGCCGAAUAAGCGCUGCUAUCGUCGGAGACUGACAAGACACCAAUAGAGGAAUCCAUCCAAGAUGUCGCACACCAUUCUGUUCGUUCAGCCCGGGGCUCGCCCGGAGACUCGCACUUACUGCGACUACGAGAGCAUCAACGAGUGCAUCGAGAGCGUGUGCAGGUCCUACGAGGAGUAUCUGAAGCGCCGCAAACCCAAAAAAUCGACCAUUACGUACGAGAUCAGCCAGCUCUUCGACUUCAUCGAUCGGCUGAAGGACAUCUGCUGCUUGGUGUACCAGAAGACCACCAAAACCUACGCCCCGUUCAACAAGGAGUGGAUCAAGUCUAAGAUCCAAGAGCUGCGUCGCGAAUCGUCGCACAGCGCUUGAGACGAGUCCAGGGAUGCUGCACGACGAAGUAACCAACAAAAACACACGCAAGACAGUGAACACACCACACAGAAGGGGAAUCAUCCGGGGGCAACACAUAAUCAUCAUAAGCAGAUCAAUGACACAAGAAGAAUUCAAACAGGAACCACAGUCACACCAACAAUCAAUCAAAUGUAUUCCUUACUUAAUAAGAAAUAAUAUAAUGUAGAAACAUAA